ACCCAAACUGACUUUGAGAGUGAAUCCUCAGAGCUCCGUCUACACUGGAGACACCAUCACUCUGACCUGUGAGCUGCAGUCGACUGGAUGGGAGAUUCAAUGGUAUAAAAAUAAACAGCUGUUACAGCCUUGGACCACUGAACAAACAUACACACUCAAAGUGACAGACAAUAAUGAAGGAACAACAGAGUACAAGUGUCGCGCACGCAAGAGAAACUACUACUACUACUACACAGAGUUCAGUGAUCCUGUCAGGAUUACAGUGAGAGAAAAACCCAAACCGACUGUGAGAGUGAAUCCUCAGAGCUCCGUCUACACUGGAGACAACAUCACUCUGACCUGUGAGCUGCAGUCGACUGGAUGGGAGAUUCAGUGGUAUAAAAAUAAUCCGCAGCUACAGCUUCUGACCAGUGAAGAAGCAAACACACUUAAAAUGACAGUCGAUAAUGCAGGAGAAACAGAGUACAAGUGUCGCGCAUGCAGGAGAAACCAAGAGAGUGGGUACUACUACUACUACUAUUACUACACACAGUUCAGUGAUCCUGUCAAGAUUACAGUGAGAGCAAGACCUAAACCAGUAGCAUCCAUAGAUCCUGAUAAACUGGUGUUCAGUGGAGACGCCGUCACUCUGAGAUGUGACGUACAGGAUGAAAGAGUGUCUAGCUGGCAGUACAGCUGGUAUAAAGAUGAUUCACGCAGGCCUGUCAGUAGUGAACAGGUGUACACAAUCAGUGGUGUUGAAGUGACCCAUACAGGUAAAUACACCUGUAAAGGAGCAGAGAGACAAGGCUCACGCUCCUCACACUUCAGUGAUGCUGUUACACUGACUGUAUCAGAGAGACCAGGGGCAGUACUGAGUGUAUCUCCACAGAGCUGGCUGACUGAAGGAGACUCAGUGACUCUAAGCUGUAAGGUUACAGACUCCUCUACAGACUGGACAUUCAGCUGGUACACAGCUGUUCCCUACAGAGACGGCUUAACUCAAAUAAAACAUAAUCAUGGCUAUAUCAUGUAUGUGGAGCUCCUCUCAGACAGCAGCAGAGGAUCUGGAGGCAAAUACACUCUCAGUCCUGCUGCUCUUAAUCACACAGGAGUUUAUAUGUGCAGAGGAGAGAGAAGAGAACCAGCCUUACACACACAGUACAGCAAUCCACAGCCACUAUGGAUCACUGGUGAGGAAAAUAACAGUGAAUCUCCUCCAGUCUCUCUGAUCAUCAAUCCCAGCAGAACUCAACACUUUACUGAUGACUCUCUCUCACUGAGCUGUGAGGACCAGAUUAACUCUACUGGAUGGAGAGUGAGACGAUACACGCACAAUGGUGAUGUGAUCCUGGAGAGUCCUGUCCAUCCUGUGACUGAGGGACAUCCUCUGACUCUACGCUGUUUAUAUCGAUACCCAAAGUCCUCAAACCUCCGAGCUGAUUUCUAUAAUGAUGGAUCAUAUCUCCAGACACAGACUACAGGAGAGAUGAUCAUCCGAACUGUCUCAAAGUCAGAUGAAGGUUUCUACCACUGUAAACACCCAGAGAGAGGAGAGUCACUGAAAAGCUGGGUCUCAGUCAGAGCGUCGGGUCUAUCAGGUGUAGAAGCUCCAUUCUCAGUGCUCAUGCUGAUCAGUAGUGUAGUGACGGCCUCUCCGUAUCUGCUGGUGACCAUCAUUCUGCUGGUCAAAUGUUACAGAGCUCGAGCUCACACUGAUGAAGAGAGGAUUGAGAAUGCGGUCAUAGAGGAGUGAGCAAAGUUCAUCUGUAAAAAGAGGAUGCAUUUACUGUCAAAUAAUUUCAUCAUUUCUUGUUCUUUAAUGCUUUGUGGGAUUUUAAAAUAAUACUGAUUUGUCAUUUUAAUGCCAUGCUGUUAUUUGCUCAGCAUCUUAUAGACACCUUCAUUGUUCUGGCUGGAUUUGUUUAGCUAAUGCCUGCAAACCUCCUCAUGAGGUGAACGUUACCAUGUGUGUAUCUCCAAUAACGCUUACAUGCUGCUAAUGCAAUGCAGAGUAAAAAAUGAACAAAGACUCUUAUAAAAAUAUUAAUCAAGGGGAAAUGUUGAUGCAGAGAGUGUAUAUGGUUUAAAUUGCGUUAUUUCAGAAUGAAAAUGUGCAGUGUAAUGUUUUCCAGUGUAGGUUGUAUUUUCUGUAAGCUGACUACAGUCAGAGCGGUUGGUGAAAAGCCCAGUGUUACUGGAGUUAAAGUAAGUUAAGCUUUGUAUGGGUGCGAUAUAAAAACAAGGUCAUCGACUGUUAUCUGAAACAUGGUGGGAACUAAUAUUGUGUUUUGUGUCUUCUCAGUAUUAGUUCUACCACUACUGUAUUUGUACUGCUGUGUUUUCUUCUAUUUCUUUGUGAGAUUAGCUCUAGUUGGAUUACGAGGAGUAGAUUUACAAUCUCAGUUACACACUGUUGUUAGAUUUGUUCGACUUUUCAGCUGUGUGAACUUUAAUUGUAGUUGUGUGAGGAGAUUUGUGGAUGAAAUGAUUUGAUCAAUUCAAUAAAUGCAUCAUUAUCAGUUCACUGAAUUAUUUAACCUGGUAGCAAUAAUGUAUCGUAUGAAGUACAAAUAAUACUCUGAGAAAACUCUUGUGCCUUUGUCAAUAUCAGCAUUUUUACCAUUUUGUAUUUUUAUACAAUGAUGUACUUUUCAUUGUCUUAUACUGUCUCUUGUCUCCUGCUGUAAGAUUGUAAUUUAACACAUGGGAUUAAUAAAGUGUUAUCUUAAAAGCAGAAACUGGAUCCUGCAGUAUUAUUCAGUGUAAGUAGAGGAUGUCAGUGCAGUAAAGUUCAGGAGUAAAUGAGGAAUCAAACAGAAGUGAUAUUACUCUUUCUGCGUGUCUACACACUGGUACACUGAUGUACAGGACUAACAUAACACUGAAAAUGUCCAAAACACAACACAGGAUAUUAACAUUACAGCAGUGGCAGUGAUUGACAAUCAAAAGCUACUUAUAAAGUGAAAAACACGGUUUCACUGUUAAAUCCUGCUAGAUAACUUCCUCAUGAGUGCAUUUCUUCCCAGUCCUGCAGAGGGAUUAAACAGUCAGGAUUACAGGUGUGUAAAUGAAGCUCGUAUCUAAAUCAAUAUUGUAUAUGAGCACUAACACAGUCUACACAAUUGGGGAUAAUUUUUGGUAGAUUUCUGCAGUGAGGAACAUCACACACUUCUUCCAGGGGACAACUGUAGCAGGAAAAUAGUUUUAUGCAUAUUUUACUGUAUAAAUAAACAUUUAUUCCCUUUUGUUACUGUAAGAUGCCACGCUACACCUCCAGCAGCCAGCAGAGGGCAGUAGCAGUGUACAGUGAGCGCUGCCAUUCAGGAAAACUCAGUUACCCAGAAUUCUCCAGGCUGAUUAACCUGGAUUGCCUGCACCUGCCAGGCAGGUUACUUAAGGACAGCCUUUGAUAAAGCUUUGUAGAGGGGUGACUUGCAUGAGAUAGCAGGCCAGGCCUUUAUCUGAGGUAAAGUUUAAAAAGUAACAUGAAAAAGGAAGAUAAGAACUAAAAAGAAAUAGAAAAUUAACUGAAAAGAAAAGCAGAGGAAAGAAAGGACUAGAGAAAGUGCCCCAAUCACACCCUAAACCUUUAUUUCACCAAUAUAUAAACCCUGCUUGGCCAUGUAUUUAUAAUCAAGCAGGAGUUUUCACUCUGCUGUUGGGUUCACACUGAACCGUAU